ACCUUGCGUGUCUGGAUCAGUGGACAAUUGCAAGCACGUUAUUUUUUGGUGAAAAGGAAAAUAUGUCGGUAAAUCUCAACGCACCACCCAGCUCAGCAUCAUCGGAUAGUGACGCAAGUGAACCGAAGGAAUGCGAAGCGCUAGAUCUCAACGUUGGUGUCCAUUCGAGCGACAGUGGUUACGAUGCGGAAAUGCCACACGACUGCUGUCCGGCCUCGCCGGCUACGGUACCAUCGAAAACGACACGUUCGAACUCGUUCGGGUCACAGCUCCGCUCACCGAAACCGCGGCGCCAGCGAACAACGUCGGUGAAUCAGAAUACGAUCAACUCGAAUGAGGCAAUCAUUCGGUCGAAUAAUCGCACAAUUUACACCGCCGGUCGACCACCCUGGUACAAUUGUGCUGGCCAGCAGGUCGAACCGUUCGUAAUAGGUAUCUGCGGUGGCAGUGCUUCCGGAAAAACGACUGUUGCGCAGAAGAUCAUCGAAAGCUUGGACGUGCCAUGGGUAACACUGCUGUCCAUGGACUGCUUCUACAAAAUCCUCAACGACAAACAGCACGAGCAAGCGAACCGUAAUGAGUACAACUUUGAUCAUCCGGAUGCCUUCGAUCUGGAGCUGAUGAAAGAUGUGUUGCAGCGGCUCAAGGAGGGCCGGAAAGUGGAGGUCCCGGUGUACAAUUUCGUUACACAUUCGAGAGAAACGCACACGAAAACAAUGUACGGAGCAAAUGUAAUCAUUUUCGAAGGCAUUUUAACGUUCCACAGCAAGGAAAUUCUGCGGAUGCUGGAUAUGAAGAUUUUCGUCGAUACCGACGCGGACAUACGGCUGGCCAGAAGACUGAAGCGUGACAUCAUGCAGCGUGGCCGCGAUUUGGAAGGUGUGCUGAAACAAUAUUCGACAAUGGUGAAACCGGCGUACAGCUGCUAUAUCGCUCCUACUAUGGCGCACGCUGAUAUCAUAGUGCCACGCGGUUCGAGCAAUAUUGUUGCGAUUCAGCUGAUUGUACAGCACGUGCACACUCAGCUACAAUUGCGUGGAUUUAAGCUGCGAGAAGCGUUGGCCCACUCCUACAUUGGACAACCGAUGCCAGAUUCUCUCAAAUUGCUUCCAACGACGCCUCAAAUUAAAGGUCUGCACACGUUCAUACGAAAUGCAAACACGGCCCGGGAUGAGUUCAUAUUCUACUCGAAGCGUUUGAUUCGUCUGGUGUUAGAAUAUGCGCUCAGUCUUUUGCCGUUCCGGGACGUCGAGGUCGAAACACCCCAGAAUAUGCCGUACAAGGGCAAACGUAUGGCUUGCCAGAAAAUCUGUGGUGUAUCAAUUUUGCGCGCAGGCGAAACCAUGGAGCAGGCAGUGAGCGAUGUAUGUAAGCACAUACGCAUCGGGAAGAUUCUAAUUCAAACGAACCAACUCACUGGAGAACCUGAGCUAUAUUAUCUGCGUCUUCCGAAAGACAUCAAAGACUAUCGCGUGGUGCUGAUGGAUGCAACGGUUGCUACUGGUGCUGCAGCUAUUAUGGCUAUUCGUGUUUUGCUGGAUCACGACGUUCCGGAGGAGAAUAUUAUGCUCGUAUCUUUAUUGAUGGCAGAAAUUGGCGUACAUUCAAUAGCAUAUGCGUUUCCCAAGGUGCAGAUAGUAACGUCAGCACUUGAUCCGGAGAUAAACGAAAAGUUCUACGUCAUACCCGGUAUCGGUAAUUUCGGCGACCGUUACUUUGGCACCGAACCGACCGAACCAUCUUUGCUAUAUGAAUAGCAAAUAAGCAAA